AUCCCGGCGUUCAGAAGGGGGCGAUCGUGUGAAUCCUCCGGGUUUUGCCUCUUGCCACUCCGCCAUUAAACCACCGAGCAAGAGGAGGAGGCUGCAGCCUUAAAGCGAGAGAUCGGGGCCGUUGCAGGGACCGCCUGCAGCCUCCGACGCCCCGCUUCCAGCCGGGGACGGCGCCAGGGAAUUGUAGUUCGCGGGCGCCGAAACGGAGCUGAGCGAGCGGGGAGCAGCGCCGGGAUCGCCAUCGAUCGCGGAAGACUAUCGCCUAACCACUGAGCAUCACUGCCAGGGAAUGGUCAAGGGCAGGUGGUGUAUAUGAUGGUUGAACCCCAUCGACCACAAUCCAAUCCUUUAAAGGACUAGAAGAUCAACCAAGAAAUUAGCUGUUCCUUCUUUCGUGUUCCUGGCCAGACUUUCAGGGAUUGAGAGCAAAGAUAGUUUCCUGUCAAUCAACCGGCUUCUAGAUUGCCCCAGUGAACUUUGGAAGCGAUGAAGAAGCAAAAAUCUACAGGUCCGGAACUGGAACUCAUACCAGACCCAGCAGGAAAAGCAAGCAGGGUACUCCUGCCUGGAAUUACGAUCGAGCGACCAGGAUAUGGAGCGUCUGAAGACGGCAAAGGGGGACCCGGCAAGGGGAGGCAAGAGCGAUGGGAAGCCCAGUGGCAGCAGUUCCUGAAGACCCUGCAGCCCCUUCACCCAGAAGGGGGAAGCCCCCCAGAGACGCCCGAGUUUGCCCCCUGGGAAGACGCCCAGGCCUUCCUGGCCUCCUUUGAGCAAGUGGCCAAAGCCUGCCGCUGGCCCAGAGGAGAGUGGGCAGCCCGGCUCCUCCCUGCGCUGAGCGGGGAAGCAGACGAGGCCUUCCAGAGCCUGGAAGCCAGAGACAGAGAGGAUUAUGGGAAGGUGAAGGCGGCCAUCUUGCGAGGUGUUGCCCUGAGGACGGAGGCCGAGCGCCAACACUUCCGGCAGUUCUGCUGCCAGCAGGUGGAGGACCCCCGGAGGAUCCACCUGCAGCUGCAGGAUCUCUGCCACCGGUGGCUGAAGCCGGAGAGACGCAGCAAAGAGCAGAUCCUGGAGCUGCUGGUCCUGGAGCAGUUCCUGGCCAGCCUUCCACCAGAGCUGCAGAGCUGGAUCCGAGCAGGAGGACCGGAGUCGUGUUUGCAGGCAGUGGCCCUGGUGGAGGAGUUCCUGAUGGCCGGCCAGCAGGUGGGCAAAACAGACAAAUGGCAGGGGCCACUGGGUUCUCUGGAUGCAGUUGAGGAGCCCUCAGAUGCCGCCAAGGAGCAGGUCUGCUACGAAGGGAAGCAGAAAAGCGAUGGGGAGAUCAGGUUGCUGGGCAGCGGAAUCAAGUGCUCAGGUCACUCUAGUUCCUUGUCUCCUGCGGAAGGACAGAGGAUGGCCGACUCAGGUCUGAAUGAGGGGCUGGUGAGCCUCAAGGAGGCAGGUGUCUCCUUGCACCUAGUGGAGCCGACUCUGAUCCAGCCAGGCCAGCAGACGAUGUUCUGGCAAGUCUUGCAGGAGGAAGAUGGGAGCACCGAAUCCUUGGAGGGAUUUUUGGCGCCCAAACCUGAUUUCCCCUCCCACCCCAAAAAGGAGAAUGAGAUGUUCCACCAGUUCUCGGUGCAAUGUGAACGACCCUCGGACCAAGCUAUGGGUGAUGGGAAGCGAAGUGAGCUCAAGGUGGAGGAUUCGCAGUAUGGAGGAAAUGAGCCCGAGCCACAACCAGAUAUGGGCCAAGGGAAUGGACCAAUGGCAGCCGAGCUGUGUGAGAAAAGAUGUGACAGCAAGAGAAACUGGAUCAAGAUGGGGUGUUCUCACUAUGGAGGAAAUGAACUGGAGGAAUCACCUAGGUCUCUUCCACAGAUAGACCCAAGAAAUGUGUCAGUGGCAGCCAAGAUCCACGAGGAAACAUCUGAGUUCAACAGUGGACUGGAGAAGAAGCCACUGACAGCUCAGAAUGAAUCCUGUAGCCUCUCAGAAGGUCUUGAGGAGUCUUGGAGUGAAAAACACACAGUGUGCACCAGGGAAGAAAGGCCUUUGCUCUCCAAGUGUGAUAAAAGCUCCCGGCACAAACCAGGACUUGUUAUGAAACAAGCUGGGGAAGAUUCAUCUGACUGUCUUGUGCCGGUGGGAAUCGUCCGGCAGCAUCUAGGCGACCAGAGAAGGCAACGUACCAGCGAAAUAUUUUACAAGUGUCCCAGAUGCGGGGAAAUCUUCCAUGAGAGAAAUAAGUUCCUUAAACAUCAGCAGUGCCGCACAGCGAGGAAACCUUGUGUUUGUCAGGAGUGUGGGAGAAAAUUCUUUUGGCGAUCGGAUUUGACAAGGCACCGAAAGACUCAUACAGGAGAGAAACCUCACAGUUGCCUCGUUUGUGGGAAAAGCUUUGUACGGAAGGAACAUCUGAGGAGACAUUUGAGAAUCCACAUGGGAGGGAAUCAUCACAAAUGACUUCAGUGUGGGAGAAUAGUUUCCCGGAAAUCUGAGCUGAUCAGACAUUGGAGAACUCACAAACAGAGAAGCGUAGCAAGUCCCAAGAGGGGGAGAACUUUGGGUCCAGACGCUCAGAGCUCCUCCAUCAAAGAAUCCAUAGACUCUCUUUCACGGGAGGUUUUUAAGCAGAGGUUGGAUGGAUGCUUUAGUUGAAGUUCCCGCAUUGCCCCUAGAGGAUCCUCGGAGACCCUUCCAACUUUAUGAUUCUAUCGUUUUGUGACACGAACAAGAAUUGAUGAUCUGAGAGAGCAUAGGCAGACUUUUUGUGAGAAACAGAAAAAAUAAACCUUUGGCCUUAACAUAGGUUUUCUCCAUGGGGUCAGAGGGAAUUCGAGAUAUGGGACUGAGUUGUACAGAGUGAGGCCAUUGGUUGUCUGGUCCACUACUGUGUACCAGACUGCCAGCAGUUAACCCCAAGUUUCGGUUGGAGAGCUAAAGGAGAUCCCAGACUCUGUGACUCGUGGGCUGCCAAGAAUCUGCUAGCUUCAUUCAGGUGGUCUGCAGCAUGUCUGCAGUCAGUGUUCAUAUUUUCGGCUGUAUUUUUAUUCAGACUUUUAUUUCUUAUGUUGUAUCUUCCAAUGUUCCCGUUUGAAUUAUGUGGAAUGUGAAUUAACUUGUGCGAUGAAAUAAAAUGUAUAAGUAAUAAAAGGAGCAAUAGAAGCACAACUAAAAACCGUACACUGCAGACAUGCUCAACAACUUCAAUCCUAAAAAAAGCUCAGCAACUUUGGUUGGCCCUCACGCAUGUUCACUUCCUCAAAUCUGGCUCUCUUUGAAAAAAGUUUGGGCACCCCUGCCCUACAGCAUCUAACACCACACAUUCCAAUUGCUAUGAGAGGCAGAAACAACAUUAAGCCAAGUCCAUCUGCAAUUUUCAAGUCCAUGAGGAACGGAUGUUUGGGAACGACUAUGUUAGAACCUCCAUGUAGGGCAGUGACAGGGCUGAAAUCCCCUGAUCAGAAACUGUGUCUCUUUGAGGAUAUAUCU